AGGAGGAUGCUGCGGCUCCACCAAGAAGGACACCAUCGUGGGCGGCUGGGCGUGGGCGUGGUGGUUCGUCACCGACGUCCAGCGGCUGUCGCUGGAGGUGAUGACGCUGAACCCGAUGUGCGAGAGCGUGGAGACGGCGCAGGGGGUGCCGCUGACGGUGACGGGCGUGGCGCAGUGCAAGAUCAUGAAGGCGGACGAGCUGCUGCAGACCGCCUCCGAGCAGUUCCUGGGCAAGACCGUCAAGGACAUCAAGUCCACCAUCCUGCAGACGCUCGAGGGCCACCUGCGCGCCAUCCUGGGAACUCUUACCGUCGAGGAGGUGUACAAAGACCGCGACCAGUUCGCGUCGCUGGUGAGGGAGGUGGCCGCGCCUGACGUGGGCCGCAUGGGCAUCGAGAUCCUGUCGUUCACCAUCAAGGACGUGUACGACGAGGUGCAGUACCUGGCGUCGCUGGGCAAGGCGCAGACGGCCGCCGUCAAGCGCGACGCGGACAUCGGCGUGGCGCAGGCCAACCGCGACGCCGGCAUCCGGGAAGCAGAAUGUGAAAAGUCAGCCAUGGACAUAAAGUAUACGACCGACACGAAAAUUGAGGACAACUCUCGAAUGUUCAAGCUGCAAAAGGCCAACUUUGACAAAGAAGUCAACACUGCUAAAGCAGAGGCACAGUUGGCCUACGAGCUACAGGCGGCAAAGAUCCGCCAGCACAUCCGCAAUGAGGAGAUCCAGAUCGAGGUGGUGGAACGGCGCAAACAGAUUGAGGUUGAAGCGCAGGAGGUGGAGCGCAAGGAGCGGGAGCUCAAUGCCACUGUGCGUCUGCCUGCUGAGGCAGAGAGCUACAAGGUGCAGACCAUCGCAGAGGGAAAGAGGACCCAGACGGUGGAAGUGGCCAAAGCAGAAGGAGAGAAGAUAAAGCAGAUUGGAGCAGCAGAAGCAUAUGCUAUAGAGAGUGUGGGAAAAGCAGAGGCUGAACGCAUGCGUAUGAAGGCAGCUGUCUACAAGCAAUAUGGUGAUGCUGCCAUCAUGUCCCUUGUAUUGGAUGCCUUACCUAAGAUUGCGGCAGAGGUGGCAGCUCCACUGGCAAAGACAGAGGAGAUUGUGCUGCUCGGUGGUGAGUCAAAGGGAAUAGCUGAGGUAACCAGACUGGUUGGGCAGAUACCACCUGCAGUGCAUGCUGUAACAGGGGUGGACCUCUCAAAGGUCCUAAGUAAGGUCCCAGGUGCUAAAUAAUACAGGGAGCAAACCAGCUGCAUAACUACACCAUACAGUGAUUCUCAUUAAGAUAGAAUCUCUACUUCUUUUAAAUUUCUGAAAACAAGGGAUCAAAAAGAAGUAAUGGGAAAGUUUAUUAGAACUCUAAACAUAAGCCUUCUUCCUCAGGUAUUUUGUCUGACGCCUAGAUGAAUGUAAAAUUUAUACAUCCUAAUUGCUUGCUGUAUGUACAUCCAUAAUUCAAAUUAUUCAAAAGUAUGUCUACAAUUACAAAAGACAUUGUGCGAAAUAUUUUUAUUUCAAAAUAAUUACAUGGUUUCCUAUAGUAACAGACCAGUCUUUCAACAGCUUAUCCAAAUCAUGAAGCACAAGUUUCUAAAUACUAAAUGCCAGCAAAAAUUCUUAUGAAAUUUCCAUAUUAUCUGUUCUUAUUCAUAUCUCUCUUGAAAACUGAAUAACACAAGUAAAAUCUGACAUUUAAUCAUGAUUAUCAAAUUUUCUAAUGCCACAUGCAAAAUUAGCUUCAUUAUGCACCCACGUGAUAUACUGUUAUAUAGAUUCUCAUGGAUGAAUGCUCAUUGUUUUCAUUUACUUUGUUAUGUUUGUGCAUGAAAGGACUGCUCAAAUUUUUGAAUUGUACUUCAGCUGCUGUCACUAUUGCAGCACAUUUCAGAAAGUUAAUCACAUAAUUAAUCUAUGCUUAUAGGCACAUUAUGACCCCCUUUUAGUGAGCAUAAUUCACACAGAGCACACACACAGUUUUUUCCCUACUGCCAGGCUGUUAUGUAUGUAAGAUUCCAAUUUCAAGGACUUAACAAGUAGCAGAUGUUUUGCAGAAAUAGUGUGCCUUUAUCCCUUAAAUAAUUUAAACUGAUAUAUUUACUUUCUUGUUCACAAAUACUCCAUUUGUUCCAUACUGAUAACAGUAGUAUCAGGUACAUCAACAAAUAUUUUUGCCAACUGUCUGGAAGUUUGUUGUAAUAAAUUAGAUAAUAAUACUUUUUUGUGAAAUUUUUAGAAAAAAAUUGUGCAAUAUAUUUUUACAACUCUAAUUUUUUCAAAGAACUUUGUUAUUGGUAAAUUUCCUCAUCAAAUUUUUGUAGCAUGCAUAACAGACACUUUGUGGUAUUAUGAAUCUUUCUAAAUUCUUGCAGUUUUUUAUGUGCAAGUUCAUUGAAAGUACUUACUGGUAUAAAAAGCAGUAAAUAAUGAGACACUAUUGCUCUCUGGAAAACUGCUUAUUUCAUAAUGAAAUAUUAAAAGUUAUAUCAAAAAAUUGUAAAAAAAAUGUUUAAAAGACUUAAUAAUUGGUAAUUUUAUCAUGGCUCACUUAAAAACAGCUACUGCUUUUUCAGCAGUUAAACACUCCGACAAAAAGUAGAUGCAUUUGAGGUGACUUCAUCACUCUUUUUUAUGAACUGUUUAUUCAUCUCUAUCAAUGUAAAACACUAAUGAUUGAUUUAUACUUUGAUUUUAAUAGAUUUAACAAAAGUCUUGUUUUUAUCAUCUGUAUGGAGAGAAAAAUAGGAUGAUGUCAAGUCCUUGAAAAUUAAGGUUUAUCUCCUGGGCAUAGUGUGUACAGUUUUUAUUGAUAGAAGUGCUCUGUUUGAAUUAUGUUAAGAUUUGUAAAGAAUUUAGCUAAGAAUAGUAGUAUGCCUUCCAAGGCUAACAAAAUUGUUGUUGACGAGCACUGCCACAAGUUAUAGCUUUUUCUGGAUUCAUAUUAUUCAGCAGCUACUUUUCUGCUGUUACUGCAUGAAGUGAUGGAUGCAUUUAUGUACCUUAUUCUAUAAAACUCAUGAAACAGCUGCAGCACUGCCUACUAAAGUGAUGCUUAUUUUCCUGUGUGUAUUGUACAGUCACAAAACUUCGGUGCCUACAGCUUUUAUUUUGAAUAUCUGAAGACAAUGACAUGAACCAAGAAAAUGUAUAUAAUGGAACUCAACAAUAAGUAAAAAAAAAAAAAGAAAAAAAUGAGAAAUAUAUUU